AUGCUUACUGAAAACAGGAUCUGGAAAGCAAGAACAGUCGAUAUAGGGCUUGUUUCCGCCGCGGAUGCAUUGAACUGGGGUUUUGGUGGUGUUAUGCUGCGAGGAUCAGGGAUCAAGCAAGAUAUCCGCAAAACCCAACCCUAUGAAGUCUACGAUCAAAUGGAGUUUGAUGUUCCAGUCGGAAUCAAGGGAGAUUGUUACGAUAGAUAUCUCUGUCGUGUCGAGGAAAUGCGACAGUCUUUGAGAAUAGUCCUUCAAUGUCUCAACAAAAUGCCCGCCGGUGAAGUGAAAGUCGAUGACCAUAAGGUUGUUCCACCAAAACGAGCCGAAAUGAAGGACUCUAUGGAAUCGCUAAUCCAUCAUUUUAAAUUUUUUACGGAAGGGUAUCAAGUUCCACCUGGAGCAACCUAUGUUCCGAUUGAAGCGCCUAAAGGAGAAUUUGGAGUUUAUCUUGUUGCUGACGGCACCAGCAAGCCUUACAGGUGUUACAUCCGCGCUCCUGGAUUCCCGCAUUUGGCUGCUAUACACGACAUUUGCUAUAUGUCAUUGAUAGCUGAUGUUGUUGCGGUCAUUGGAACUUUGGAUAUUGUCUUUGGCGAAGUGGAUCGAUAG